ACAUUUAUUCUACCCAUGAAUGAGAGAGGACGACUCUUUCCAUUUGCAACAAGAUUGAAUUUCACAAACACACAGGUUUCUUCUCCUUCUCCUUGCCUUAUGUUUCUGAAACGAAGCCCUAUUUCGUUUUCUUCAUCACAGCUCCGAACCACCAUUAAAGUUGCUCACUCAAAUUUGUCUUCUGAAAUCAAAAACCUCUUGAAAUUUUUGAGCUGUUUUGCUGCUGUUACAGAGUGUUUUUUACUGCUACUGUAUGUUACUGCUGCUGCCAGUUGCUGCCUCUUUUGGGAGGCAAACCACCUAAGUGAGUUAGGCAGCCCACUUGGAGCCCUGGGGCUUUUCAUAGCAGUGUGUAAAGCCUGCACCUCUCGUCUUGGAUAUGAAACAUUCAAUAUAAAUGAUAGUAUUGAAUAAUGAAUGCCUAGAUUGUUUAGACUUU